GGAACAAACAAAUUUGGGUUUGGGUUACGUUGUGUAUUUUAUUACGAUUUAUUGGAAUUAUUUACGCCAAUCUUAUGAUACAUUGUGGCUUUAUGGCAUAUGAAGUUGGCUGAGACACCAUGGAGGCGACUGAAGACGAUAUGAUCGUGUUGGUGGUCGUUGACGAUGAUGAAAAAACCAAAGGCUUAGAAAAGGAAGCUACAGAGCCGAACUCAGAAUCCAAGAACGAAGUGAAUAAUAUACUUGAAAUUGCACAGAAACAUGGAGAAUAUGUUGAAGUGAAUUUAGAUCCAGAAGAUGAUGAAUGUGACUAUGAAUAUCUUGAAGAUGAAACAGUUAGAGAGACCGACAUCAGAGAAGAAUCUACAGAUGGUAUGGAUUUUUGCGAAGGUGACUCAGAAUAUAUACCUGAAGACUCCCAAUCGCCACGAAGACGAGAUAAGCACCGCUUCACAAUGUUGAAGCCGUGGCAACAACGGUCAUUUGUAGCAGAACUACGGGAGAAUCAUGAGGAACUGAGAGAAGACAAGGAGUUAUUGAUUAACACACUCGGUAGGAUUAUGUCAAUGGCCAAGCCACCACCACCACCACAGGACUACUUUGUAAUGGAAGGUGUAAUGUUUGCGUGCAUAUAUUGUGGACAUGUGUCAGACACACUGCCUGCAGCAGGUCGCCAUUACCAGGAGAAGCAUGGAGAAAGAUAUUUAGUCUGCUUUGCCUGUGGAGUCGAUUUUAGAAGUACUACGAAUCUAUACAAGCAUGAGAAGCGUUGCGUAGCUCCGGACGCUGAGAUAGUACUGCGGGCGCGCGCCGUGUGCCUGGGGCGCAAGGGACGCGGCCGACCCUUCCUCACUAACGACCCCUAUAUCAAUCAUGGUCAACGCCAUAAGUAUCCAUGUUCCUUAUGCUCGGCCGUAUUCAUAACGAAGAGUAACCUGAAGUCCCACGAGAACUUACACCGCGGCGAGCGACCGUACCGGUGUCACGCCUGCCCGUGCGCAUACGCAUCUAAUUCCGCACUCUCACGACACGCGAAAAAGCACACCGGGGUCCAAUAUAUUUGCGACCACUGCGGACGGUCCUUCAACAUCAAAGCUGCGCUGGUCGCCCACAUGGACACACACAACGCGGUGCGUAAGCACCCGUGUGAGGAGUGCGACCGUCGCUUCGCCCAGAAAUGUGCUCUGAACCUCCACGUGUACAGGGUCCACAGGAACUUACCGCCACCCUGCCCCUGUCAGAUCUGCCCUAAAAGAUUCCAACGAAUGUCGUUACUCAAAGAACACAUGAAGAAGCAACAUGGAAUGUCUAUAAUGACUAGGAAGAUGUUCUUCAAAGCCCUACCAACCAUGACAGAGUUAGAAGUAAGAGAAUCGAAAGUCAUUCGUAAAGACGAAGAAGAAGAUAUGCUGAGUUUCCUACCACCACCAGUUAAAAUAAAGACUGAACCGGACAUUGAAAGGAAACAGGACAACGGACACUUAUACACGAUAAAAAAAGAAAAUGAAACAAACAUUAUUUACAUUCAAAAUGGUGAAGUUAUUAAAAUGGAGAAAGAUGACGAUGAAGUCCUAUUUGAGGUAGAAAAUAUUGUUGACGGACAGAUCUUUGUUAAAGCCCUUGAUAACAGUACAUUUAAAGGUGAUUUUAGUGACCUUAGCGCUUUGGUAAGUACUUGAUAGUUUGUGCCAAAAAGACUUGUUCCUAUUAUCGUCUUUAUAGUCUUAGUGAUAAGCUUUAAAAUAUGGUUGCAAUAACUCAAGAGGAUUGUUUAAAGCAAUUUAUUGAUUGAUUGAAAAUUAAUUUAUUUACUUAAAUGUUGAUUUCAGUGAAGAGGUAAAUAUUCGGUUGCGAAUCGCGUCUGUGGUUCGGCUUUCGGGUCACAGUACUGUUGAAUAUUUUGAUUUGAGAUCCUCUGUCUCAGUACGACAAUAAAAAUAACGCGUGUUUGCAAUAGAUUAGGCUAGUUGCCAGGAUAAGAAUAUUAAAAAUCUAAUUAGUCCGUCAGUUAGAUAAUGAAAAAAUA